AUGGAACCCAACUCACUGACCCCAGCCUUGUACAUCACGGGACUGGGAUCACAAUAUCCGCCAUAUCUGCUAAGUGCCGAAGACCUCGAUAAAUUCGCAUCAAGAUUUCACGAUGUGAGCCGUCCAGGAAUAAAAAAGCUGCUCCAGGUCAACCGCUCAACGGGUAUCGAGACCAGAUCUGCAGUCCGACCGUAUGAGGCAGGAUUUGCAACGCAGACGGACCCACCCUCAAUCAGUGAGAUCGAUCAAUUUUUUCGUCAGGCCGGGGUCGACCUCGCCGUCCAAGCAUGCCAAAAGGCUCUCACAGAAGCACAUGUGUCUCCCCAGCAGAUCACCCACACGAUCGCGGUUACCUGUACCAACCAAGGUAACCCGGGGUACGAUUUUCUCGUGGCCCGUAAAUUGAACCUCCCACUCCAUGUCGAUCGCAUGCUUCUCCAUGGUGUUGGGUGCGCAGGUGGGCUGUCAAUUUUGAAGGCCGCAGCACAAAUAGCCGGCGGGGCGAGUCUGCGACGGAAACCGGCCCGCAUUUUGGCAUUCGCUUGUGAGCUGUGUACGCCCAAUGUGCGACAUUAUCUGUCGAUUGCAGAACGCAGUCCAGAUUCUGAUCAAGUCAAUAUUGCAGCAGUUUUGUUCUCGGAUGCUGCGGCCGCUUUUGUUCUUUGCAAUGAGUAUGCUAUGGCUCAGGACGAGGAAGUCACUCCUCAAUUUGAGCUUCUGGAAUGGGGUUGUGAUUUGAUUCCGGGCACCGCUGAGUAUAUGACAUUUUAUGCGGAUGUGGAUGGUUAUCGAGCUACCCUCGAUCGAGGUAUUCCCAAAUACACUAAACACGCCAUCGGACCGAUGUUUGAAAGACUUCUACCGUCGUAUGAAGAGCAAUUCAACUCUCAUUCAAGAGCAGGAGGGGAGCUGCUGAGCCCGCUAGGGAUCCAUGAUUUCGACUGGGCCGUGCAUCCGGGAGGAAGGGCAAUUAUAGAUGGUGUAGCAGAAGUCUUGCUGUUGUCUGAAGAUCAACUGCAGGCAAGCCGGGAGAUAUAUCGCACACGGGGAAACUCGUCUAGUGCUUCGGUCUUGAUUGUCUUGGAUCGGCUUCGUUCACAAAGUAAAAAGGCGCAUGUUGUUGCUACCUCGUUUGGUCCCGGUCUGGCAAUUGAGAUGGCACUUCUAAGAAGACCCCUCGAUGUCCUCAUUUACUAUCCCAGAAUCGCAGUGAAUUUGGCAAACCUCAACAUUGGUUUAAUUUCAAGGCGCAAGCCCCCCUUCUACAACCUAUCAAGUUCCAACAUCCACCACUAUCGUGCUAGAAUGCCUAUGACCGACGACACAGACGAUAGCGGAGGGGUUAUCCUAGAUGGUCCCUUCGACCCCGACGCGCAGGCUACGGUAACAGACUUUAUAGACUACACCGAAUACCUCCCCGCAGACUUAAUCCGUUCCUUGACCCUCAUACGCGGCCUCGAUGACCGAUACCUCGACUCGGCGCAAGCGGUACACCAGCUCACUCAGAUCUACGGUCAGCUCCCAGACCUUCCUCCCGAUAACCGACCAGGCGCAAUUGCGCUGCGCAAAGAUAUAUCUUCUCAAGUCGAUCGUGCCAUCAAUGCGCGUGAAUCAGCAUAUGCCGAGGCCUGUCGUCUCUACGAUGUUGUAGAUCGCCACUUCGACCGAUUAGGUUGCAUCCGCCAGAAACUCGAAGGACUGCCGAAACCUGCUUCAGAAGAACCAUUACCUCCACCCGAACCAACAUCGAAGCGUGCGCGCGGAGGCAAGAAGACCAACAAGGAUGCCACGACGCGUAUCACCCUUCGAUUGGAUAACAAUCGCAAUCGGAGAGAUAAAAGUCGGAGGCGCCUGCUAGGUGCGGAUGGAGCUUUUGAUCCAGACUCCCCGCUUGCUAGUACGGAGCAAUCGGACUUGGAGAGCGAACUCAUUAAAUCUACCCCCAAGCCCGCUCGACCCCCAAAGAAGGAGAAAGUGCGUCGCCUAAGCUUGGGUAAUGGACCGUCCACAGCUCAGGCUCUUGCGCAGUUGAAACCACCACCAUCUGACGCGAAAUUGGGCAGCGAGGACCUGCCAUGGCUGCGAUUGACCGAGUGGGAGAUGACCAGACUGCGGAAGAAGAUGAAAAAGAAUGCUGUGUGGCAGCCAAGUGAAGUAAUGAUUCACCGUGAGCUAGCCCUGUCAAAUCGCGGCUGGGAAGCAUACCGUGCAGCGAAGGUCCUGGCAGAAGAGACGGGUGAGGAGUUCAUUGACUGUGAUAAUAUUGAGGAAACCCGGCGCGGGGAGGCCGCCAAAGAUUUGGAGGAGACAAAGCUGAGCAAUCGCGGAAUGAAACUCAACGAAGCAAAGAAGUUGAAACGCGAACAAUUGGCCCGUGAACAGGCAUUGAUGGAAGGCGAAGGUGGUGUCUUGCCCAUGCCUUUGCCAAGCCCCGUCCAAGCCCCCCCAGUCGCAAAUCGAUCAUCACGGAAGAGGAAACGGGACGAGGUUAUCCUCGAAGCAACAGAGAUUGCUCCCGAGCUUCCCGACUCUACCCCAGUUGCUGUCCCGGUCGCAGCACCCGCCCCUGUCCCCGCGCCCUCUUCCAGGGCUGGCCCGUCUCGGCGCAGAUCUAGCCGAGGAGCCGUUCCAGCCGCCGAAACUAACAACGACCUUACCCCCCCGAUCAAAACCCAUGUGUCCCCCGCAGUUGAAGCCAAACUCUCCCCUCCUCUCCCUAGCCCCACAGGCUCCGGGCCAUCCAACCCAUCCCUUGUCCAACCCGUCGUCACUACACCCACCCCGCCCGUCACUCGGCCUUCAUCGCGGCGCUCUAUAGCCGCUGCCUCAAUCGAAGGAGGAAACCUCAUCACCAUCCCAACCGCAAUAGCAGCAAGUGGACGUGACCGCCGUAUUAAAAGCGCAACACCUGCUCACAAAACUCCCAUCCGCGAGUCGUCACAUGCGCCAAGUGUUCCCGGCCCGGCCCGCCGACGCAAGCGUCCAGCACCAGGUCCCAUUUCCAGUGGUCAAGAUGGCGGCGCAGCAGUGAGCUACGGACGCCGCAAAGCCAAGCCGGGAAAGAAACGCCUUAGCGUCCGCGACUCCCAGGAUGUCCGUGUAGACGAAGACGGCGUCCUCGAGCAGAUCGACGUCAAUGAGCCCCGAUACUGUCUCUGUGGAGAUGUUAGCUUUGGGACGAUGAUCUGCUGCGAGAAUCAGGAUUGUGACCGUGAAUGGUUCCAUCUCAACUGCGUGGGUCUGACCGAAGUCCCCUCUCGCACGGCAAAGUGGUACUGUCCCCAGUGCCGUGUCAAGCUGCACAAGGGUGAAGAUGGGAUUAUCAAGGGAAGCUCGCGACGUUAA